GGGGCGAAGCUCAGCGGGACGGGAAGAAGCCCGGUCUCGCGAGAUCCUGUUGGUUCCGCAUUUCGGCUCCUGAGAGGUGUGGGAGGCAGCGCAGAGGAGUCCCCGGUCUGUCCUGCUUCGUGGCGGCUGGAACCCAGUACCAAACUCGGGCCGUGAAGCUUCGGCGGCCCUGUUGAGCCGCGGACCGUCCUCUGCUUCCCGGUGCCCGCGGCGGCGCCGUGUCUGACGGGGCGGGGGCCACGGCCCCUCGGGCUAGCGAGGAUGAGCUUCCUCUUCAGCAGCCGCUCUUCGAAAACAUUCAAACCAAAGAAGAAUAUUCCAGAAGGGUCCCAUCAGUAUGAACUCUUAAAACAUGCAGAGGCAACUCUCGGAAGUGGCAAUCUGAGGCAAGCUGUUAUGUUGCCCGAGGGAGAGGACCUCAAUGAAUGGAUUGCUGUUAAUACUGUGGAUUUCUUCAAUCAGAUCAACAUGUUGUAUGGAACCAUCACAGAAUUCUGCACUGAGGCCAGCUGCCCAGUCAUGUCAGCAGGUCCCAGGUAUGAAUACCACUGGGCAGAUGGCACUAAUAUUAAAAAGCCAAUUAAGUGUUCUGCACCAAAAUAUAUUGACUAUUUGAUGACUUGGGUUCAGGAUCAGCUUGAUGACGAAACUCUUUUUCCUUCAAAGAUUGGUGUCCCGUUUCCCAAAAACUUUAUGUCUGUGGCAAAGACUAUUCUGAAGCGUCUCUUCAGGGUUUAUGCCCAUAUUUACCACCAGCACUUUGACUCUGUGAUGCAGCUGCAAGAGGAGGCCCACCUCAACACCUCCUUUAAGCACUUUAUUUUCUUUGUUCAGGAGUUUAAUCUGAUUGAUAGGCGUGAGUUGGCACCACUUCAGGAAUUAAUUGAGAAGCUUGGAUCUAAAGACAGAUAAAUGUUUCUUCUAGAACAUAGCUACACUCUCCCUCUAUCUACUGCUAGCACGCUCUCAUUGCUGUCUGGUAUGGACUAAGUGAUACUGACUACAAGAAACCAGGAUCAAAAGAUCCAUUGUGUCUGCAGAGAAAAUUGUCCCAAAGGUAGGUUGGCUGGAUAGCUUCAGAACAAUCCAUCGACACAGCUGAAUCAGGUGCUGUGUGGCCACCCUGUUAUGUUAGUGUCCUUCUUUGUUUUAAUCUCAUGACUAACCUGUAGUUCUUUGCUGAGCUUUGUUCAAGAAAAUGAGCUUCUCCGUGUGACAGCAUAAUGGACAUUGAGAAUUCUCAGCAGCAACUUAUUAGUAAGUUUCUAGAACAAACGUCUUAACAGAUCAGUUUGCUUUGUUUUACAAAUCAGCGGUGUUCUGUUUCUAAAUCCCAACAUUUAGAGUUUCUGUUUCACUUUGGAUAGCCUUUGGUUCACAUUUGUAUACUGAUGUUUUCUAGGCAAGAGUGUUAUUUUUUUUAGCCAUACAUGAUGGUCCAUGCCUGUUACCUGACACUGUGGAGGUGGGAGGAUCUCACACUUGAGGCUGGGUUGGGCUACAUUGUGAAAUUAUUGCUAAAAAAAAAAUUGUUUUGAAAAAUCCAUAAGGUGUAAAUCACAGGCAUAUGUAGACUGAGAUUAACCAAAGUUAUUGUAAGUAACUUUACUUUUUAAACUUGUUUGUGAUUGUCUUCAUGUCUGACUAUAUGAGGAGACUGCAUGGCAGAUGUAAUCUUUGUGGCUUCUGAUGGCGCCUUCCCGGUUCUCAUUUGAAACUCUUCACUCAGAUUAAUUUCAUAUGUAGCUUGGGGCAGAGAUCAAGGAAACUUCCAAAAUCCUGUGACACACUUGGGCCUCAAAAUCACUGUUUUCAUUGAUGUUUCCUUGUAGUUCUUGAGGGACAGUAGAAAAGGUAUUCAGAGUACUUGAUUAUUUCUUAAUGAUUCCAUGUUUUAUUGCAACUUGAAACUUACGUUUCUGUUUAGAAAUGCACAGACUUCAUAGCAAUAAGGACAAAGGUCAAAACCACAGAAUAGCUUUCGGGGGUGUGUGACAGCAGGUCUCCUUGGGCCUGUUAGAGCUGGAGACCCAGCAAGGGGAGUGAGUUGAUAGCAACGUGGCUUCACUGUGUUACUGUGCACAGGCUGCAGUGAACUCUAGAGCUUCUAUCCUACUUGUCUUUGUAUCAAAACUUGAAUUUUUCCUCAUCCUGUCAGGAUAAAAGACUCCUCUAUUGGGGAAGUGCCUGUUUUUCAUGUGGCCCUCAUAUCUAGUCAGUUCUGGCUGCUUCCUCAUUGUACAUGACAUCCCAGGGAUUCUGGACACUUGCCUAACAAGCAGUGCUGGAGUUUAUCAGCAUUGUGUGUCAGAGCUUGGACUUACACAGUGCCCACUGGCCUCCUACAUGGCUUUAUAAAAGUUAGAGUUGGUGAGGUUUUUGGUAUUUAUUUUGAUUCCUCUAGACUAUACUGGAAAGUAUUGCUUAGAAACUCCAGUUUUAAUAACUCACUUUCAGUAUGUUCUUAAGUAUACUCAGAAUUUUAUAGGAGCUGUUUUGUCUUUAUUUUGGCUGAAAUCACAUAUCACCAUUAGAGGAAUUCAAGUUGGGAUAAUGAUUUAGGGAAAAAAGGACAGCUUGGAAACACCUCACAACCCAGGUGUAUGCACAGGUCCAGAUGUCAGCUGUUCUGCAACUGUAUGACAGUCAUCUGCAGACUGGAAGCCAGCGUCUAGAUGACACCAAGAAUGCAUCACCCCUCAAUCCCAGACUCCCAUUUACUUGAUUUGUUUUAGUCUCUCAGGAAUGAAAUUCUCUUUUUCAACCAGGGCCCAAUCAUUUUAUGAAUUCUGACACCCUCAGAUCAAAGGUUUCUCUUUUCUCUGCAUGUAUUUCAGGUAUAGAAAUGCCCUCUCCAUGACUAAGCUCCAGAUGGAUAGAUGCUAGGAUACAGAGGAGGCAACUCAUUAGUGGAAUAUAAAGCAAAGCCUUGUUGGUGAAAAAGAGUGUCUCCAUUUUUUGUUGUGACCCCCUUCUUUCUUUUUCUUCUGUCUUUAAAAUGAAAACAGUGCUAGACUCCCAAACUAACCUGCCUUAAUCAGCAGUGUGCACAUGGCACUGUUGCUCCCCUCUGAGGCAAGAACAUGGGAGGAAGAUGUCUUUCUGUCUUUAGCUAGAGGGCCGAUUUAUAACAUCUGAAGAAGUCAGCCUGUCCUGGGUUUAUCUGCCUGCUCCACACCUCUUUGCCCCCUGGACUUUGUUGCAGUGGCUUCCGAUUGCUUGGUGAAUUCUGCCUUAGCCCUAUGGUGCUUUAACUUCCAGGACUUUGAAAAACUUGGAUAUUGGGGGCUGGAGAGAUGGCACAUUGUUUAAAGCAUUGGCUGUUCUUCCAAAGGACCCGGGGUCCAGUUCUCAGCACCCAUAUGGUGGCUCACAAGUGUUUGUAACUCAAGUUCUAAUGGAUCCAACUUUCUCACACAAACAUGCAUGUAGGACAAACACCAAUGCUCAUUUAAAAAAAAAAAAAAAAAAAAAAAAAAAGCUUAGACAAUGAUACAUUUAUAACAAAAUAGUCAUACUUCCUUGUGGCACAUUUUUUGGUGUGUUAACAGCUACUCUUACUGUUACUCUGCUGACUGAAUAAAGUGACUUACCAGCAGUCAGUUAGCCAGGGGUUCUUUUAUCUGCAGGUUCUUGGCUUGCAGAGCUCUAGUUCACACAACUGCUCACUGGAGAACUGCAGGUCUCUGUUCUCCAUGGUAGCAAAGGCACAAGCACAGUCCUGGUGGUGAGGUUUCCUGUUUCUACUCUUGGCUUCUCUCUGAGCCCCAAGAUCAUACUAGAUAGACAUAGCUUGGCUUCUCUCUGAGCCCCAAGAUCAUACUAGACAUAGCUUCUCAGACAUGAUGUCAAUACCUCAGGUGCAUAAACAAAUCAGGACCGAAGACUAUAGGCCCUACCAGUGUGUGUCCAGUCAUGGUUUCAGGGCUCCUCUGCUCUCUGCAGGCAUCCCCAGUUAGUAUGGGGCCCUGAGCACUGCCAGCCUGGACUUGAGCUGCAGAGCACCGUCAGCAGUCAUGGUCUUCCUUCCUAAGGACAGCGAGCGUUCUGACAGUGAAGGAAACGCUAGUCUUUUGGUCUUCCUGAUUUUACAUUCAGUUUUGAUGCAGGGCUUUGUUGGGCUUUGGAGCACAUGUGGCAGCAGUAAUUUUACUGAAGCAACUGCAUUGAAAUUCAUGCGGGUUUUCUCAUCAGAACAUAUCCAAUAAAGUAUUCUGUAAAGCCGUUCUGGAUGGCCAGUGUGCUCUGGGCUGAUUAUAGAACAGCAUUCUUUGUUGGUCCGCAUCAAAAAUAGUUUGCAUAACGUAGUCUUGGUUACCAUCUAAAAUAACUUAAAAUAUUCCUCACAUAAAAAAUUUAUGUUGUAUUUUUAAAACCUUUAGGGCUUUAUCUAUUUUUCUAAGUCGUUAACUGUACUUUUUAAAAAAGUAUUUUGUAUCUACUUUUGUAACUUCAUCAGAAUAAACUAUAUUGAAAGCAAAAA